GCAUACCCAACAGUAUGCGGUGCAGUUAUGGCAGGCAAUGGUAAGACAGUCGUGAGGACGCUGGAGGAUUUAACGCUUGAUUCUGGUUAUGGUGGAGCCGCGGACUCGGUCAGAUCGUCCAGCGUGUCGUUGUGCUGCUCCGACACGCAUCAGUCCUUUCCACAUGGGGGCAACUGCUGGCAUCUGACAGAAUCAAUGCACAGCAGACAGAACAGUUUGGACACAGUCAACACCGUCCUGGCGGAGGACACGGAGGUACUUGAGUGCUCGGGUCAGUGCGCCAAGCUGCCCGAGCUGGAGGACGUGCCAUGGAGCCUCGGCGAGGUGGAGGGCGCACUGAGGAAAGACGAGGAGCUGAUGGUGGGCAACCCGCCACCCGAGGUCCUGGCACGGCUAUCCGCUCUCAUCAACCGUGCCCUGGUGAGAGUGGCCCGGGAGGCGCAGCGGCUCAGCCUCCGCUACGCCAAGUGCACCAAGCAUGAGAUCCAGAGCGCCAUCAAGGUGGUGCUCUCAUGGACCAUCUCCGUCAACUGCAUCACGGCUGCUCUCAGCGCCCUUUCCCUCUACAACAUGAGCACCGGGGACAAGUUCAGCCGAGGCAAGUCUGCGCGCUGCGGGCUGGUCUUCUCCGUGGGGAAGUUCUUCAGGUGGAUGGUUGAUAGUCGGGUGGCCCUCAGGAUCCACGAACACGCUGCCAUAUACCUCUCCGCCUGCAUGGAGAGUCUGUUCAGAGAAGUGUUCAGCCGCGUCCUGCGUAGCGCGCUGGUGGAGAGGGACAACGGGAUCCCCAAGUUUACGCUGGAGUCACUGGAGCAAGCCAUCAACAACGAUUCGGAGAUCUGGGGUCUAUUGCAGCCCUACCAACAUCUCAUAUGUGGCAAGAAUUCAAGUGGUGUGCUGAGCCUUCCGGAGAGUUUGAACCUUCACCGGGAUCAGCAGCGCUCGGGGGGGGCCGGCGAAGGUCACGGCUACUCCCAAGCCGAGCUCCGCACACUGGAGCAGUCGCUGCUCGCAACGCGGGUGGGCAGCAUCGCUGAGCUGAGUGAUUUGGUGUCCCGGGCCAUGCAUCACCUGCAGCCACUGCACAUCAAGAACCCCAGCAAUGGGACUCCAGUCCACCAGAAGACCAACACCACAGUACACUGGGAGCCCGAGGCCCUCUACACCCUGUGUUACUUCAUGCACUGCCCACAGAUGGAAUGGGAGAACCCAAAUGUUGAGCCCUCCAAAAUCACCUUACAUACUGAGAGGCCGUUCCUGGUACUUCCUCCGCUGAUGGAGUGGAUCCGGGUGGCGGUCGCCCACACUGAACAUCGGCGAAGCUUCUCUGUGGACAGCGAUGAUGUGAGGCAGGCUGCCAGGCUACUGCUACCCGGUGUGGACUGUGAACCGCGACAGAUAAAAGCCGAGGAUUGUUUCUGUGCCACCAGAAAGCUGGACGCAGCUUCCACGGAGGCCAAGUUCCUGCAGGAUCUCGGCUUCAGGAUGCUGAACUGCGGGCGGACGGAUCUGGUCAAGCAGGCCGUGAACCUGCUGGGUCCUGAUGGCAUUAACAGCAUGAGCGAACAGGGAAUGACCCCUCUCAUGUAUGCCUGUGUCCGCGGUGAUGAGGCUAUGGUCCAGAUGCUGCUUGACGCCGGAGCCGACAUCAACAGCGAGGUGCCAAGCACAGUAAACAAGCACCCCUCAGUUUAUCCUGAAACGCGCCAGGGGACGCCACUCACUUUCGCCGUGUUACACGGACACGUCCCUGUCGUGCAGUUGUUGCUGGAUAAUAGCGCAAAUGUGGAGGGCGCCCUGCAGGAUGGGGCGGAGAACUACACAGAGACCCCUCUUCAGCUGGCCGCGGCUGCAGGUAACUUUGAGUUGGUGAGUUUGCUUUUGGAGAGAGGGGCAGACCCCAUGAUCGGGACCUUGUGUCGAAACGGCAUCUCCUCCGCCCCGCUGGGAGACAUGAACUCAUACAGCCUGGCAGCAUCACACGGCCACAGGAAUGUGUUUCGGAAGCUCCUGUCCCAGUCGGAAAAGGAAAAGGGGGAUGUGCUGUCCCUGGAGGAGAUCCUGGCCGAGGGUACAGAUACCAGGGAGAAGACUUUGGCUCCGCAUGCCAAUGGUGGAGGGACCCUGCGAACAGGAAAGGCCAAGCUGAGGGCCCUGAGAGAGGCCAUGUACCAUAGCGCAGAGCACGGCCAUGUGGACAUCACCAUAGACAUCCGCAGCUUAGGCGUUCCCUGGACGCUGCACACCUGGCUCGAGUCCCUGCGUACCUGCUUCAUCCAGCACCGCCGACCGCUGAUCCAGGGCCUUCUCAAAGACUUCAGCUGCAUCCAGGAGGACGAGUACACAGAGGAGCUCAUCACGCACGGCCUGCCACUCAUGUUCCAGAUCCUGCGAGCCAGCAAGAAUGAGGUGAUAAGCCAGCAGCUGUCAGUCAUUUUCACCCAGUGCUACGGGCCCUUCCCCAUCCCUAAGCUGACAGAGAUCAAGAAGAAACAGUCCUCGCGCUUAGACCCUCACUUCCUCAACAACAAGGAGAUGUCUGAUGUCACUUUCUUGGUUGAGGGGAAACCAUUUUAUGCACAUAAAGUUUUGCUGUUUACAGCAUCAGCCAGGUUCAAGUCACUGCUCCAAAACCGUCCAGCUGCAGAGAACACCUGUAUUGAGAUCAGUCACGUCAAGUACAAUAUAUUCCACUUGGUCAUGCAGUAUCUGUACUGUGGAGGCACUGAAUCCUUGCAUAUACGCAACACUGAAGUUAUGGAGCUCCUGUCUGCAGCCAAAUUCUUCCAACUAGAGGCCCUUCAGAGACACUGUGAGAUCAUCUGCUCCAAAAACAUCACCACAGAAACCUGUGUGGACCUUUACAAACAUGCCAAGUUUCUUGGUGCCACGGAGCUUACGGCUUUCAUCGAGGGCUACUUCCUGAAGAACAUGGUGCUGCUGAUUGAAAUCGACGGCUUCAAGCAGCUGCUGUAUGAUCCUCCUCCUGCCGAGAGCCCUGCGUCCAGCCCCGGUGUCUGCUCCGACAUCCUCUACGACCUGGAGAAAACUCUGGCCACACGCAUCCACUCCAUCCACCUCUCCACCUCCAAGGGCUCCGUGGUGUGA